CCGCUAGGGUUUAGGGUUUAAGCGUUCUUCUUCUGGACUUCCCAUUUCCACAGUGAACUCUUCUUCAGUAAAGUUAGGGUUUUUCCUCCUCCGAUUCUGCAUUCGUCCUAGGGUUCAUCAUGUGGGCGCUGCGCCGAUCUUCUAAUCCUCUCAAGAAUGGAAGAAUUAGCUUAGGAAGUGCACAUACUGUUUCUUCCAAGUUGGAAACUUCGAGUUAUUACAUAAAAGAAAAGGCUGGCCUUUUUGAAUCUUCUGAAUUAGUAUCAAAAACGUGUAUACCAGUGUUGAGAUUUUACAGUUCCAGACAUGCUUCUUCAAAUCUAUAUAUUGGGAGGCGUGCUCUUUCCUCAAAAGCUGGUACAGAAAGCAAAGGAGAAGAAGAAGAAGACUUGGAAGAUGGUUUUUCUGAACUUGAAACUCCUGUUAGUCACAAAGCAAAUGAUUAUGUUAAUGGUGAGGGUGAAAAUGAAGAACUUAUGUCUGAUCUGGAAGAUUCUGCCGUUGAUGAUGAUGAUGUUGUUGAAGAGCCUGCUCAAGAUGAACUAGGAUUAUCAGAUACGGAAACCAUUUCUGUUGAGAAAAAAUCAUUGAGAAGAGGUGCUUAUUCUGAACUGUUUGGAGCCAUUGUUUCUGCUCCUGGUCUUUCUGUUCACAAGGCUCUUAACAAGUGGGUUGAGGAUGAAAAGGAGUUGAGCAGAGGAGAGAUAUCAUUGGCUAUGCUUAAUCUUCGUAGGCGUAAAAUGUUUGGGAGGGCAUUGCAGCUCUCUGAGUGGUUGCAAGAACAUAAGAAGCUUGACUUUACAGAGAGAGAUUAUGCUGCACAUCUUGAUUUGACUGCCAAAGUUCGUGGCUUGCAGAAGGCAGAACAUUACAUUGAAAUGAUUCCUGAAUCCUUCAGAGGUGAGUUGAUCUACAGAACUCUUUUGGCAAACUGUGUUGUCCGUAACAAUGUGAAGAAAGCAGAGAUGGUCUUCAACAGAAUGAAGGACCUAGAAUUCCGAAUCUCUGCAUUUGCUUGCAACCAGCUGCUUAUCCUCUACAAGAGAUUCGACACGAAGAAAAUAGCUGACGUCUUGUUAUUAAUGGAGAAAGAAAAUGUCAAACCCACUCUCUCCACUUACAAAAUCUUAAUAGACACAAAAGGCUCAUCCAAUGAUAUAGCUGGGAUGGAGCAAAUUGUUGAGGCAAUGAAGGCUGAAGGUGUUGAACAAGAUGCAUAUACGCAGUUUAUCUUGGCUAAACACUAUGCCUCAGGAGGAAUUCCAGAAAAGGCUGAGGAGGUUUUAAAGGAGAUGGAAGGAGAUAAUUUAACACAGAAUCGAUGGGCAUGCAGAUAUUUGCUUUCUCUUUAUGCAGAGCUUGGAAAGGCCGAUGAAGUAGGAAGGGUUUGGAAGGCCUGUGAACCAAAACCCCGGGUUGAUGAAUGCUUGGCUGCUAUUGAUGCGUGGGGAAGGUUGAAGAAAAUUGAAGAGGCAGAGGCAGUCUUUGAGAAGAUGGUAGAAGUAUGGAAGAAGCCUUCAUCAAAAUAUUAUUGUGCACUCUUAAGGGUGUAUACAAGCAACAAGAUGGUUGAAAAAGGAAAGGAUCUUGUUAAGCAAAUGGCAGAUAGUGGAUGCCACAUUGGCCCCUUAACUUGGGAUGCACUUAUUAAGCUGCAUGUGGAAGCAGGAGAGGUGGAAAAGGCUGACUUAAUCUUGCAUAAGGCAACCCAACAGAAAAUGGCAAAGCCCUUGUUUAUGUCUUACAUGACUGUUAUGGAUCAGUAUGCAAAGAGGGGUGAUGUCCAUAAUGCUGAGAAAAUGUUCCAUAGGAUGAGACAGGCUGGAUAUACAGGGCGGUUACGACAAUUCCAGACUCUAGUCCAGGCUUAUAUAAAUGCCAAAGCUCCACUCUAUGGUAUUAAGGAGAGAAUGAAAGGAGACAAUAUGUUCCCAAAUAAGCCUAUGCUUGCACUUCUCACUCAAGCAGAUCCCUUUAAGAAGACAGCAGUUUCAGACUUACUUGACUAAAGCUUUCAGUAUUCAAUGACCCUUAGAACGUUGAUGCCUUAAUUUAAGCACAGUUAUUGCCUUUCAUUGCUAGGUUAAACAUCUAUUGUGAUUAAGGUUAAAUAUGUUCUUUUGUUUUUGAACGUUUCUCUGGGAAGUUCUAUGGUAAAUUUUAUGAUGAAUGCUGUUGAUUUUGCCAAAAGCUUAGAUUAUUGUCCAACAACCUUGGUUGAUGUUUGCCCAUUCUGACAUUCAUG